CUUGUGAUGGGCCCUCCUGGUGCGCUGCAAGCUCUCAGCUGCCGGUGUCUGUGGUCUGUUGUCCUCAUUCCUGCUCUUUUCACGGGGGAGGGCCUUCCAGGAAGCCCAGGGCUGGACACGGCUGAGAGGCAGCCUCUCUGCAAGCAGAGAGCCCUUGGAUGGUGUCCUCCUGGCCCAUGGGCACUUGGAGAAAAACUCAAAUCCUCACCCUGGUUGUGGGCCUGCCACAGCCAGCCCAUCUGGCCCAACCUCUUUCUGUCCUUCCCCUGUGGCCUCUGAGCUGCUCCCUGGGCCCAGAACAUUCUUCCCCGUGGCCUUUGCUUGGCUGGCUCCUGCACAGCGUCCAGGCUGGUGCCAGGUCACUUUGCAGCCAGGUCUUGCCUAACCACCAACCUGCCCGCCUGGCACGUCACCCUUCUUCUUGGCGCUUUGCACUCGCCAUCGGAAAUGACCUGCUGUCUUCACUCUCAGAUCAACUGCUCCCGCCAGGAAGUCUGUUACUGACGGACCUCUCCCUAGGUCCCUGCCGUGACUCAGGGUGGCUCACAGUAGGGCAGCACCUAGCACAGGACUCCAGUAGCUAUUUGAACCGUGGAAUCAGGCUGGCCUGGAGGCCAUGCGGGCCUGGCUGGGGCUGGAGGGGCAGGUGAUGAAUCAGCCCACCCCCGUGGGGAGCUAGUCCUGAGUCUUUCUCUCCGUGACCCAGGCCGGGUACCACUGGUAGGCAGCAUCCCCAGCUUUAACUGUUGGAUGGAUGGGCCUGGGCAGCCUUCAGCCCCUACUUCCCAGGUUCCCUGGAGGGGGCUCCAGACACAUCUCUGGAAUCCCUGUGUGUGCAGGGGAGAGGAGCGGACACCCCGGCAGCACAGUGUCAGGCGCAUCCCCAGGGCUGACGCAUCCCCCACAGCGUGUGAUGCUGCAGACGAGCGGUCAGCACACUUUCCCUGCCGAGGGCCAACCAGUAAACACCAGAGGCUUUGCCAGCCAGUCUCCUCCACACACGGCCAUGUCCCCGCAAACAGGAUCGAGAGAAGCCUGCAGGGGGUCAGGCUGGCUGUGGGUCACGUGUGCCCCCUCAGCUGCCACACACAGAGCCCAGUGAUGCUUGGGCCGUGGCCCCUGGAUGAGCAGGUCUGUCCAUCUUCCUGCCCCCAGAUGCUGACCCUCAGGAGCACUCGGGGACCAGCCCCAAGAGUUGUGGGGACAUCUCAGCUCUGCCCUCCCCUGAGCAAAGGGAGGGAGGUUCCUUUCUCUGGGGAGAACAGCAAAGAAGGCUCCCUGUCUGCUGCGGGGACGGGGGACGGGGCGGGGAGCUGUGUGUACCAAGAAAAACCUCCAAGUCAGGUGAACUAGGGUGUGAAGUCAUGGUCAUGGGGGGGGUGGCGGAUGUCGGGAGAGCCACUGAGAGGAUGUUGUCUGCCCAGCCGCUCACCCAGCCUGGACCCCCCGCGGGCCCACAGAGCAUAGGGGUGCAGAGCCUCUGGACCCCCAGGCAGUGCGUGGGGUCACCAACAGGUAACCCCACCCUUGCUGGGCCACAUUUUGCCGCCAGUAGCUGGACAGGGGCCACCAAGACCUGGAGAGAGAGUAUAAAUCACUGAGGGGGGGACAGAGUAGUGUGGGGCGGUCUGGUGCCCCCCACAGGGAUGGGACACUGUUGAAGGCUGUCGUCCCCGGCCCACAAGGCUCUCCUCCUCGGGGGUGCGCCUCACCUCCUCCGUGCGCAGACCGACCCAGGCCUCUCUCUGCUCAGAGACCAGUCUGUCUGAGGAUCUUCCAUUUAGAAGGCAGAAAGAGCAGGAAGCCCGUGUCCCCCCUCCUGGAGUCAGCUGUGAGGGCGCUGUCCCAUGUGCCGCUGCCUUUCCUAAAUAAAACACUGUCUGCCCCCGUCUUCCCGGUCCCUUGCAGUCCCCUCCCCAGGCCACUUUCUCCUGACUUUGGUCUGCGUCGUUUUUUUUUAUCAUCUGAACCAUUUAGAAGCCCAGUACUGCGGCUCUCCCGUCGCUGUGAGACAGGACUCGGAGCUCCUUCCCUCCCACAAAUCCGAACGUCCACAGCGUGCACUGGGGGCUGGGCCCCCCCCCCGCCCCAGCCCUGGGUGACCCACCACCUUCUACCCUCUGCAUUUGGGAAUCUGACCACUUCAGAGGCCUCAUGUUGGUGGGACCAUGCAGUAUUUCUCUUUUUUCGGAUGGCUUGUUUCACGGAGCACAGUAGCUUCAAGGCCCAUCCACACCGUGGCCUGAGCCUGGGUUCCCUUCCCUCUGGGGCCGCUGUGCAGGUGGACCGCAUGGGCAUAUCCAUCGGCUGGUGGACCCUUGGGGCCCCUGCACCCGUGGUCUCUUGUGAAUAACGCUGCGGGCAGGUGGGCAGACACCCCUAGGAGACCCUGCUUUCCAUCCUGUGCAAGCAAGAUGGCUGGGUCGUGUGGUGGUUGGAUUUUUCUUUUCCUUCGUUUUUUUUUUGUUUUUUGGUUUUUGAGGAACCUCCGCAUAUUUUUCCACAGUGGCUGCACCAAGUUAAUUUCCACCAACAGGGCAUGAGGGUCCCCACUUCCCCACGCCCCUGCCUCCGCGUGUCACUUCCUGCCGUGGGUACCAGCCGCCCCCACGGGUGUGAGCGUCCAGCCUCGCCGUCCUUGUGUGUGGUCCAACCCUGCCUAACUGCUGGCAUCUGCACCCAUGCGGCACGCCAUGCACCGUUCUGUGGUUGCUUCUCGUCUCGGCAUUCGGUGCCCUGUCAAUUCUCACCCUCCGCUCAGCCCAGGGUCCUGGGUGGCCGCUGGAAGGCUGCCAGACUGCCCGAGGCAGGGACAGUGCUCCAUCUGGGUAGCGGGCAGCCGGCACCAGCAACCUAAAAAUAGCGGUUGUUACAUCAGGUGGUGUGGGCGGGGCUUCUGUGCAGGCCUUGUGGUCUGCGAGAGGCCAGGGGCUCGUGACAGGGCUGAGCGCCCCCCCCUUGGGCAAUGCUCCCCCCCCCCCCCCCCCCGCACCACCGGCUCCUGGCUGUCUGGACGGCAGAGCGCUGACCCAGAAACCCCGAGUGUGGGUUGGCUUAGCCCGGGUGUGCCGUGUGCCGUGGGCCGGUGGCCACUGCGGCCUCACCCACUUCCUCUGACAGCCGCCGGAGAAGAUGGUGGAGCACCUGGCCAACACCGAGAUCAAUAGCCAGCGCAUCGCCGAGGUGGAGAGCUGCUUCGGGGCGUCGGGGCAGCCGCUGGCGCUGCCGGGCCGCGUGCUGCUGGGCGAGGGCGUGCUGACCAAGGAGUGCCGCAAGAAGGCCAAGCCGCGCAUCUUCUUCCUGUUCAGCGACAUCCUGGUCUACGGCAGCAUCGUGCUCAGCAAGCGCAAGUACCGCAGCCAGCACAUCAUCCCGCUGGAGGAGGUGACGCUGGAGCCGCUGCCCGAGACCCUGCAGGCCAAGAACCGCUGGAUGAUCCGGACGGCCAAGAAGUCCUUCGUGGUGUCGGCCGCCUCGGCCACGGAGCGCCAGGAGUGGGUCAGCCACAUCGAGGAGUGCGUGCGGCGGCAGCUGCUCGCCACCGGCCGCGCGCCCAGCACGGAGCACGCGGCGCCCUGGAUCCCGGACAAGGCCACCGACAUCUGCAUGCGCUGCACGCAGACGCGCUUCUCGGCGCUCACGCGGCGCCACCACUGCCGCCAGUGCGGCUUCGUGGUCUGCGCCGAGUGCUCCCGCGCACGCUUCCUGCUGCCGCGCCUGUCGCCCAAGCCCCUGCGCGUCUGCAGCCUCUGCUACCGCGAGCUGGCCGCCCAGAAGCGCAGAGAGGAGGAGGAGGAGGGCCAGAGCGCGGGGUCCCCGGCCAGGGCCGGCUGUGGAGCGUCCAGUGGAGAUGACGAGGACUUGGACGAGGACAGGGAGGGCAGCGGGGACGGCGACUGGCCCAGCCGUGUGAGGUUCUACGACUCCGGCGUCUCCUGGUCCUCCUUCCACAGCUGACCCCGGCCUCAGGCCAAGGGGCAGCUCCCUGCUCGCUCCCCCAUCACGCAGACUCUGCUGCCUCUGGGGCUCCGUAGAAGGCACAGUCCCCACGCUCCCCAGCACUCCGCCGCCCAGGACCUGACCCCGCCGGUGGUGGGUGCGGCAGGACUGACUCUCACCCUCUGGGGACCCCCCCAGUGGCUCUUUUCUGGACAUGGGCAUCUUUCCACUUGCACUUCGGGAACUGUCUGUUCAGCAGGCCCGAUCUCAGAGGCUUCUUGGGGACAAAGGCCUCGUCCCAGCCCUGUGAGCGGCAGCCCCUUGAGUCAGCACGACCCAGGCACCUUGAGGGACCAGAAGGAGGACAGGGGCUGAGUGAGGUCCUCUUCUCUCUGAGGCCUUGAACCACAGCACGUGACCCCAGAUGAGGACACCCCCAGGGGACGGUGUGGCUCAUGGGAGGCCUCUGGGAGACCUGGGCUCGUCCACCCGCCUCGGAUGCUCACCCGCCUGGUCUGCUGUGCAGAUGGGCUCACCCGGAGCCAGCCAGAGCCUGCCACACGGUGGGCACUGCGGGCUGGGGACCCCAGCCUGCCCAGGCCUCUCACCCCACCUCACCUGUUUCCAUGUGUCCAGGGGGCGGGUCCCUCUCUCAGGCCUCCCCUUGCCCCGUGGCCAGGGGAGCAGCGGGGACACUUUCAUUCCGGGUAACAGAGACCUCACGCAGACAGACUCCAUAAUAAAGAGAAGGCCUGCUGACUGGUGUGGCCGGAAAGUC